UCCCUCAAAGAUCCCAAAAGCCAGGAGACAAGAAAGAUGUGCUCUAUUGAAAGGAAGCAGAGGACCUUCAGACACGCAGGAGGAAGAAGAGACAGGGGUUCUUCCCUGGAUUAUACUGGCAAGAGGACUGGUUAUUAUGAGCAUCCUAGAAGCAUGCUUCGGCCUUCAAAAGCCUGUGGUGAUGGCAGAAAUGUGAGGAUGAGAGGUGCUCUCUGGAACUCAUCAGUAAGAUACACACCUUAUGCAGAGAGACCUAAGAGCAGAGUGGAAAAGCGUAUGGAAGACCAGAUUCACAUCACCGUGUGGAGAGAUGACAAACAUAGAAAGAGAAAAAUGGGGCAGGUCACAGAAGAUGGAAUCCUGGGGCCCUGGUUCAAGGUCACGAUUCCAUGUGGGAGAAAGUCUGACAAGACACAGCUAAUGAGAUCACUCCACAGCCUCUGCAGCGUGCCCUUCACAGCCGUGGAUUUCCAGUGUGACCAACACCGGAUCCAGUUCUUUGUCCAGUAUGUUAGCACUGCCACUGCGUUGAAGAACGUCAGCUAUAAGAUGUGUGAUGAGAACUAUCAGAAGAUACCUAUUUUUGUCAAUCCCUCGGAUGUACCCUACUCUGUGCAAAAUCGGUUCACAGGAGAACAAAUGGAGCAGCUAAAGCUGGUCAUGUGGAAAAGAUAUGACGUUUCCCAGCAUGCUCUGUACCUACAAAAGCUCCGCUUUGACCCAGAUUUGAUGAAGCACGACAUAGACAUGAUUCUGAGUCGAAGAAGCUGCAUGGCUGCCACCCUUCAAAUCAUCCGAGAGGAUUUCCCUGAGCUGCUGUCCUUGAACUUGAGCAGUAACAAACUGUUCCAGUUAGACAGCCUGUUUGAAGUGGUAGAGAAGGCGCCACAACUCAAGAUCCUGAACCUCUCCAAAAACAUGAUAAGAACAAUGUGUGAAUUAGAGAAGGUGAAAGGGCUGAAGCUGGAAGAGCUGUGGCUGGAAGGGAACCCCUUGUGCAACACCUUCCCUGACCACUCUGCCUAUGUAAGUGCGGUUCGGGACUGUUUCCCGGAGUUGUCAUACCUGGAUGGCAGGAAGUUACCACAUUCAACUGUAAUAGACAAUGAAGAAGACUGGUUAACAAAGCCUUGCAAGGGAAGCUUUAAUGACCCCGAGGCCAUAAAGGAUCAAGUACAGCAGUUCCUGCAGGAGUAUUACCUGAUGUAUGACUACGGAGAGCGACAGGGUCUCCUCAACACUUACCAUGACCAGGCCUGCUUCUCCCUGACUAUUCCCUUCAACCCCGGUGAUCCAGAUCUGAGUAGCAUGUGUAGGUACUUCAAGGAUGAAAGGGAUAGGAAGAAUCCCAAGGAGUUCUGCAUUCAGAGGCAGCUGCUGAAGUACACAAAACAAGACAUUGUGGACUAUCUCAAGGCAUUGCCCAAAACCCUGCAUGCUUUCAGCUCUUUCCAUGUGGACAUCUGUUUCCAGAUGGAAACUAUGAUCUGUUUUUCUGUCAAAGGGAUGUUCAAGGAAGUGGACGGCAGCUCUGAAGGAUGCAUCCGUGCCUUCAUGCGAAUCUUCGUUGCUACUUUUGGCAGGAGUUCAAACCUGUGCAUUGUGAAUGAUCAACUUUUUGUGAUGAAUCCAAGGCCUGGUGAUAUCCAGGACACCCUUGCCAUACCCAUGCCCACAUCAUGCCCCAGCUUCAAGCUCGUCCUUUCUCAAGAGGAGAAAAGAAUGGUGCAGGUUUUCUCCACCCAGUCGGGCUUGAAACUUGAGUGGUCUCAGAAGUGUCUUGAGGACAACAAGUGGGACUAUACUCAAGCUACUAAGGUCUUUGCUAUGCUCCAGACUAAAAACAAGAUCCCAAUGGAAUUCUUCAAAGGAAUGACUUAAAACAAGCCACUGGAUGUCAUAUGCCUCUUGUCCACACUCUUGCCUCUCAGUUUCUGAAGCCUUGCCCAUGAUUCCAGCUGUAAGCUUGGUCGAUCACAAGGUCAAAGUUAAUAUGUAGACCAGGUAACAU